AUGCACUGUGGUGUAUUUUUGAAGGCAAACAACUAUUUUCCACAACAACAAUGUAUUGCUGCAUGUCCUAGAUGGUUGGCUAUUGUGGGUGGCUUUAAAGAAGAACAAGCAUCCGACGAAGAAUAUUCGAAAUUUAUUGAAAAAGUAGUACAUUUUAUACACGUCACUGGUGAUCAUAAUGUUGUAACUGAACAAGAUUGUGAUAAAGAUGGCUUCUGCAUAGAUCCAUAUCAACGGCUAUUUAUCGAACAGUCAUGGGUGCAUGAUGAUUUCUUUGUUACAAAGAAAAGAAAAAUUUACAGUGAUAUUGCCUUGGUGAAAACAACAAAAGAUAUCAAAUAUUCAUAUUCCGUGGAACCAAUAUGUUUGUCUGUGGUUAUGCCGAAAUUACAGCCACCGACAAAUGGCACGAGAUUGACAGUGGCCGGUUGGGGUAGUACAGCAACGGCAAAUUACACCGAUGAGAAACGCAUUGUGGAUGUAGUGUAUUUGGAUGAUGACAAAUGUCGAAUUCGUCAGGAAUUAUCCCACAUGUGUGUUGGCGGUGAAAUGGGCAAGGAUAGUUGUAAUGGUGAUUCCGGUGGUUCUUUGGCUCGUCGCACCCAAAACGGUUGGGUUCUGGAGGGUAUUGUUUUGCAUAUAGCUCAAGUUGUGGCAAAG